UGAAAAUGUCUCCCCAGGACUUACAUGAUGUUAUUAGCCUGUUAAUGUUUUACAGGAUCUUGCUUGGAUUAGUUGUCAAAUCCAUCUUACUGCAGCUAUUCUUUGGAGAGUUUUUGAAUGCAGAUGAAACAGGCUGCGCAGAAGAAAAUGAUGACGGUGAAAACAGUAUCCACAGCAAUGAGAGCUGCGGGCAGCAAUGGCCGAAUGAUGAUCUCUUGCAGCAGCCAAUGCAGGAAACUGGACAACCUGAAGAAGGAUUGGAUCACCCUUUAGAGAACUUACAGCAGAGAAGAGAUAUGAUGGAAGAAGAUUAUCAGUGGGAUAAUGCUUAUAACCUGGCAUUGGAAGAACAAAUACAGCAACUACAAUGUUAUAUGGAAGCUCGAAGGGAAGAAGAAGUCCAGCAUCUCUUCACACAAUUGGAAGAGAUAAAGCAACAUCAAGAACAACUGCUAAUAGUUGAAAUGGAAGAAAAAAGGCAAGUACAAGACCUGCAGCUCAGCAAGGAAAUGGAUGAUAGAAGGCAAGCACAAGACCUGCAGCUCCGCAAGGAAAUGGAUGAUAGAAGGCAAGCACAAGACCUGCAGCUCCGCAAGGAAAUGGAUGAUAGAAGGCAAGCACAAGACCUGCAGCUCCGCAAGGAAAUGGAUGAUAGAAGGCAAGCACAAGACCUGCAGCUCCGCAGGGAAAUGGAUGAAAAAAGGCAAGCACAAGACCUGCAGCUCCGCAAGGAAAUGGAUGAUAGAAGGCAAGCACAAGACCUGCAGCUCCGCAAUGAAAUGGAUGAAAAAAGGCAAUCACAAGACCUGCAGCUCCGUAAGGAAAUGGAUGAUAGAAGGCAGGCACAAGACCUGCAGCUCUGUGAUGAGAUGGACAAAAAAAGGCGGGCACAAGACCUGCAGCACUGCAAGGAAAUGGAUGAAAAAAGGCGAGCACAAGACCUGCAGCUCCGUGAACUUGCUACUUCUGAUGUACCAUCAGAACUGAAAAUGGAGGAAUUAUCUUCAAUGCAAGAGGAAGGAGACAUCCAUGAUGGAACUUAUGCUACCGAAGAGCUUGAGAUCAAUAGUGACCCCAAAACUCAACCACUUCAAAGAUCCAUUAAUCCCUGUGAAGAAUUGAAAAAACUCCAGAUUCAGAGAAAUCAAAACAUGAGAAACUAUGAAAAAGAAAUGAUUGAUGACCAACUGGAAGGAGACAGAGGAGGAUUACUUAAUCAGGAACUGGCAAGUGCUGUAAAUGAAGGCCAAAAAAAGAGCAGUGAGGAUAAAACAGCACCAAAUCACCAACUUACAGAAAUAGGAAACCCAGGUCAACUAGACAUGGAUAGGAGGAAGAGCAAACCAAGUCCUACAGACCAAGUUGACAGUUUAUUGCCACAAGUUAAACAUGACAAUGAACAAUACAGUCUCCAGAAGGAACAACAAAAAAGCCAAGUGGAACCAAAGAUUAAAGUCCUUGACCAAUUGCUGAGAGACAGAGGGAAAUCACCUAACCUCAAUCAGGAACUACAUGGCAUUGAAACCAAAGAAAUGAACAGUGAGGGUGCAGCAGCACCGAAUCACCAACUUUCAGCAGAAGACAGUGGUCAGUUCUCAAUGACUACAAGUGAAGAUGAGAAACCUUGGAAAGAGGAUGGUAAGAAAAAUCAAGCAAGCCAAACAGAAGAAACUUCACCACCUGAAAAGUGGGAAAAGUCUCAUGAUGGCUGAAAAUCAUCUCAUAGCCAGGAUGUUAAUAAAACCCUGAUAACUAAGACCUUGCUUAUAAUGCUAACUAUCACUAUUAUAAAAAAUAUAUUAUACAAUCAUGUAGUAAGUGCCGUUUUAACAGGCUCUUUGCAGCUGGGGGUCAUGUGACCACACCUACCUUAAAUUAAUCAGCAAUGACAAAAUGAUGUCCAGAAAUGGAAAAAGGAGUUCAAAAUAAGAAAGAAGACAUAGUUUCAAGUCUUAACACUAAAUAUUUCAAAAUUGAUAGCAAAUACAAAAUUUUUUUCUAAAGAAUUAUAUGCAAACACAGAACGCAAGGCUUGCUCUCCAGCUCUAUUUUCCCAUACGCUUCUUCCAAAAAAUCAAUAUUUUAUAUUUGCUGCCAUUGUUUAGCAUUUAGAGUUGAGAUGUGAGACAUUGACAUUUUAUCAACAUAAACCUGUGCUUAUUUCCAUUUCUGAACAUCAUUUUUUGAUAGCUCAUUGAUUUAAGGUAGGUGUAGUCACGUGACCCCCAGCUGCAAAGGGCUUAUUAGAACGAUUUCACAUAAGCGUUUUUAACAUGCAAAUGAGUUAUUCGAGUAUUUAACAUGCAAAUUAGUUGACACCUAAGCCACAGAUAGCCCAAACGUAUUAUCAAAGGACGAGUUACAUCGUUUAUCAAUUUUGAAUUUUAUUCAGUAUCAAAGUUCGUAAUAAAUACAAUGCAUUCCAACUUGACUCAAGUUUUCAAGGUAACAACUCAUCUCAGGUGUCAACUAAUUUGCAUGUUAAAUACUCGAAAAACUCAUUUGCAUGUUAAAGACGCUUAUGUGAAAUCGUUCUAUUAGGAUACCUAAGAGACCUUGUCUAUAAUGCUAACUAACGCUAUUAUAACAAAUAUAUUAUACAAGUAGUAAGUACUGAUUUAAUUAGGAGACCUAUUAUAAGUUGUAGCCUUACCAAAAACUUUUUUUCAUUUUUUUUUAUUAACCUAAUAAAAUGCCAUGACAUCUAUUUCCUAAUUAUUUUUGGAAUAUUAUAAGAUGGUUCAUAACAUAUAAAUGCACACAAUAUGGCAAACAUUGCGAUUCUAAACAACUGUGCAAUAGAGUCAUUUUCAUCCGUCUGUGAAACAAGUACUACUAGUCGGUGUUUAACAGUAACUAUUAGGGUGUAGUAGGCUACCAAACUGUUUUUGCCUAAUUUGUUUGUCGCAUGUCAUAAGUUAAACUAUUGGGAGCUAAUAGGGGGUAAUAGUAUUUAAUAGCAUAGUAAUAGUAAUAAACAAAAAAAAUAUAAAAAUUAGAGCAAUGCCAAUUUACAUAAACUUAUUAGUUGCCACAGAACCAGUCUACGAUCGUGUCACAGUAAUGAGACGCGGGGCACUAUCUAAUAUUCACUCAUAUAAUCUUAUGAUUUAGCAAAGUUUCAUAAAUAAACGAAAAAGACGUGCUGUACUGUCUUUGUGUGGUUUUUCAGUGAAAAAAAUUAACUUACAAUUAUCAGUACUAAAAUCGGUCGCCAUCUUGGUUACAGGGCAGUCAUUUGUCAAAUACUCUAAUGUUUGAAAUCUUGAAGAAAAUCCCAAAAUCACUGCAUGUUAAAAUACGAGCCAAUGUUUAGUUAGACAGCAUAAAGAAUUUGAAAAACACAGCAAGUUUACUUGGGAGGCCCUGGGAGAUUCCAGUGUCAAUGAUGACUAAGGUCAGGCAGUAAGUUAAGUUAAGUUAUUAGUUCUACAGCGCACAUUCGUUUUCCACAAAAAGCUCAUAUUCAAAUAUAUCUAACACUAAUGGUAUUGAAUGCAUUAUGUCUUGUAGCACAAAUUAAAAAGACUAAAAAAACUUA